AAUCAUCAACCAACUCAAAUCUCAAAAUCACACUUCUCCUCCUAGAUCCAAAACACACUCUAGUGUGUGCCCAAAAAAAAACAUGGCAACAAGAGAAUCGGCAACAAUAGAAUCCAACAACAUUCAACUAGAUGCCCGAAUCUACAAGCUCCCAGAAAACAACACAACUAUCCAAAAUAAUAAUGAUAAUAAUAAAAAUAAUAUUGGAGUAGUAUUAGUACACCCAUAUUCAGUAUUAGGUGGUUGUCAAGGUCUUAUGAAAGGCAUUGCUCGUAAAUUAGCUGAUCAUGGCUUUCUUUCUGUCACUUUCGAUAUGCGCGGUGUCGGUAAAUCAACAGGUCGGCCUUCCCUUACUGGCUUUGCUGAAGUAAACGACGUCGUUUCGGUUUGUAAAUGGGUUUGUCAGAAUUUGAACAUCAAUAGGAUUUUGCUUGUGGGUUCUUCAGCAGGGGCUCCGAUUGCAGGAUCUGCGGUUGAUCAGGUGAAUGAAAUUGUCGGCUAUGUGAGUUUGGGGUAUCCUUUUGGCUGGACCGCUUCUAUUCUCUUUGGAAGACACCACAAGGCCAUAUUACAAUCUCCUAAGCCAAAACUUUUUGUCAUGGGGACUAGAGAUGGGUUCACGAGUGUCAAGCAAUUGGCUAACAAGAUCAAAGGUGCAGCAGGCCGUGCGGAAACCCAUCUCAUUGAAGGAGUUAGUCAUUUCCAAAUGGAAGGUCCGUCCUAUGAUACUGAAAUGGCUAAUCUUAUUGUCACAUUCAUUUCUUCGUUGUAGUUUACCGUGUCAUAAAUAUCUGUAGCAUUUGUACUUAUAAUUCCUUAAAUUUGUUAGUGCUGUUUAUUUGAUGAAUAAGACUGUAUUGUUGUAGAACUGAAGCCAACAGCCUUCUACUUGUCUAUAUACGAAAUUUUCUUUCAGUA